GUUCCUGAACGCACCAAGACGCGUUGUAGUGGAGACGUCUUUGCAUUUAUGGUUGUUGUGAAAGUGUUUCCUUUCUUUUAGCUGAUCGCUCAACGUCAGAAAUAAUGACUCGGGUCUUCCACUUUGAACCGUCGCUGAUGUUGGUGUUGUUGAGCGCCAGCCUUUAUAUAGGCUCUUGCAUUGGGACUUUUCAUGAGGUGAAGUAUGGGGACAGCUUCAAGCUGAAGAUACAAAGAAGCUAUCACUCCAUUGAAUUCAUGCCAACAUAUGACUCAAGUGAGACGAUUCUGUGGAAUCGUGACCGUCCUGAGGCCAAUGUGGACGCCCGGCGGAAGAUGACCGGCGAUCGCUUUGUGGUACAUAAUGUCACCCAGAGAGACAGUGGACGUUACAAUUUAAGAGGCAGAGACUUCAAAACUAUGUCUACUAAGACCCUUGAGGUUGUAGCUGACACACGGACCUAUACUCGGACUGCUGGUGAAGAGUUCAGCUUCACUUUUGAUUUGGAGCCGAGAUCCUGCAACAUUUACUUCUUCCCAGAAGGCGAUGAGGGGACUGAGCUGGUUCAUCAGGGAAGCCUCAGGCUGGUUUUGGAUUGGUCUGAUUGUUUUGGAUUUGAUCUCGUAAAGCCAUGUGGGAUUUUAAAGAAGGAUGUCCGAAUGUCAUGUAAUGGACACUUUGAGGUCAGAGAUCAUAAUGGCGAUGAGGCCUUGCGGGUGUCACUGGAAAUAGAAACUUCACAGUUUAAUUAUUCUUACAUCUUUGGGAUUGGAGCUGCUUUGCUCUUCAUAGUUAUGAGCUGCUGCAUAAAAUCCAUCUGCGUUGCGAAGCACUUCCCAACAAAGCACCGCGCCGACGCUGACGCUGACGCCGACGCUGACGCCUCCUCUGCAGAUGAACCUGCUGUACAAAACUACCAGUACGACUGUGAGCCUGUUGGAUCAAGACCAAGUCAGUACGCUGCAUCAUCUGAUUUCCUCACCCAACCUUCUGAGGCUUCGAUUCAGGUUUCUGCUCCAGCAGAGCAUGCAGAUGCUCCGACCGUCCCACUGAACUCUGAAUAUGAGCCCCGGUUUGAGCUGAAGGGGAUGAACUUUGACCCCCCGCUGAGUUCUGACUCGACUCACUACGAUGUUUAUACCUCCGAUAAACUCAAUUUCCUCUGAGAGGUUUUUUUUGAAAGGCAAAAUGAAUCCGUCCGUCCAUCCAUCCAUCCAUCCAUCCAUCCAUCCAUCCAUCCAUCCAUCCAUCCAUCCAUCCAUCCAUCCAUCCAUCCAUCCAUCCAUCCAUCCAUCCAUCCAUCCAUCCAUCCAUCCAUCCAUCCAUCCAUCCAUCCAUCCAUCCCAGCUCAUUACAGGCGACCUGACCAGGCUGAACCCUUGGACAGUCCAUUGCAGUAAAAUGCAUUAAUUAGUGUGAUACUUGAAGGCCGUUUGUUGAAAAUAAUAUUCACUAGUGGCAAUUGAUUAUGACGUAGCGUAGCACAUGAUCACAAGUAAAACAACAAAAUUGAACUGGAUUGCACUUGGACUGAACGACAGGCACUGGGGAACAUUUCUCGGCUUUCCAUUCUUCCAGUUUUCAUUGCAACUGGUAACUCAAUGCAUUGCAUUCGAUAAACAUACAAGAAGAAGUGAAAACUGUCGUCAUGUAAAUAAAGAAAAAAAAGGUGCACUCUUUUUCAAUUCUAAGGCUUUAUGUUUCGUAAUUUUCAAAAAGUUAUCUAAUUUUGGAUUUUAAAAUGAAUUAAAAACAACUCUAGAAAUGCUGCAUUUUGUUUUCAAAAUAAUGACGAACAGGUACGAAAGUGAUGCGUACAGAGCAGUGCACUUCCACAAAACCGAAGUUCAAAGCAAUCAUUAAAAAAAAAUAUGAAUAAAGCAAUCUAAUCUUAGAAAAAAAGCAUGCACUGAUUACAGAGUCAAAGAGGCCUUUUAGUCUCAAUACUAGCUUGUUGUUGUAAAUAAACAGCUGAUCUUACCUAUUCACUUUUGUACCCGCUUUUAUACAUAUUUAAAAAAAAUCAUUGUAUUUAUCACGCACUUAACGGGGGAUUUAUAUUUUUUAUCUCUCUUUCUCUCGUAUUUUAUCUAUGCUAUGGUUUUACAGCAUCUAAGUCCAGCAGUAUUUGUGAUUGCCCAAUGUAUGUUGCUUUAUAUUGAUUGUUUGGUUUGUUUCUGUACUGUCCUGUUGCAUAUGUUAUCUGUACACGCACUGAUGCUGAUGCUUUUCCACAAAUGAAGUUCCUAACGGAUAAAUAAAGUUAUUUAUUAUUAUAACAUAUAUCACUGAGUGGUUUUCCUCUCACCGCCACACUUGAGUGAGGAGAACAAAAGGAGUUGUAAACUGUUCUAACUGAAAGGUUUCAGGUGGAAACUAGGGUACCCAUGCAGACAUGUGUUUAAAAGUUAGUAUCCUUAACCUUCUGUAACACUUGAAAUUCAGUUUGUUUCUGCCUUACAUUCAUAAACGACUGGUUGGAGUUUUUAAUGCUGAUACAGGUGACUAUCAGCUGCUCAGUUGAGACUGAGGUGAUACGGGUAUUUAUUCUAUCCUGAUGCGUGUGAACGUCCCAGAACCAGAAUCAGAAUUCUUUAUUUGUCCCACAGUGAAAGGAAAUGAUUGCAAAUCCCUAUAAACUGCAAUUACAAUUAAAUAAAACAUAAACCGUAUUGUGGGGCAGCAGUCGGAGUGUGUUGGGGGUGGAGGACAGGUACAGGAACGUUGUUUGCCAGAUGUCAGCCACUGAAAGAGUUAAUUGCCAGGGUGUUGAUUGUGUCCUGUAGAAUCUUUUUGGUUGUGGCAGUCCACCGUCUGGGGUAGAUGUCCUGCACGGCGGGCCGUGCUGUCCCGGUGGUCCGUUCAGCACGGCAGAGCACUCUGUGCGGAGAUUUGACCUUCUUUUGUCAGGAAUGUUUGGCUUUCAGUUUUCAAGCAACUCUGUAAAUACAUGAUUAGGACAGCGAACAAAAGCCAUAACAUGCCAUGAUCCAGCACUUGUUGUUCGUCAGGUAAUUCCUCAGUGCUUUCAGGUCCACGGUACCACAUGUUCUGGAAACUUAUUGCAGGCUUUUUUUUGUUGAUUUACAUGAAUAAGCACUGGGAUGCAGCUUCAGUAGAAGGAAGAAAAUGCAGAGCCAUCACCAAUACCACAUGUUUGAUUUAGUGUGUUAGAACUUAAUGUCGUUUUUUGUUUUGUUUUUGCCAAACAAGUUUUUUACUAUGCAAUUUUUUAACUGAAGUUUUACAAUAAAAUGUUAUAUUUAAUCUUUUGGACUUCAUUUUAUAUAGUGUUUAUAUAACCUGUUGAGUUUUUCCAAUGUUUGUUUAUCACAUACUGAACUAUUUAAGAUAACUGCGCCCCUUUUUGUAGUGCACAUGUUUGUGAAAAGCAUCAUGAAAAUCUCCUUGCUGCAAUCCAGUUCCCAUAAGUGCAUUACUGUAAAGGUCAGUUACAGGGAAGUCCUUGCUAUAUAUUUGACACUUUACACUGAAAUAUUUGAUCGCAUUCCCACUAAACAAUAUUGAUGAUCUUGAAUAAUCCAUAAUCCUUUAUUAAUAAUUGUCCGUUUUGUAUAUAUCUGCUGUUUUAAUGCUCAUAUUUGAAUGUUUUGCCUUGCUUGACUGUGGUGUAAAUAUGGAAGAGUUUCUUAAAGCACUAAUGUUCUUAUAUUAAAAGAGGGGAAAAACAUACUCAGUAUCUCAAUGUAUACAUGGUGUCAACCUAAUUAAGACUUUUAAUACAAGACUAUGUUUGUAAUUGUAUCUGGUCCGUCAUGUCCAACCCACUAUGCGUC